GCGCAUACUCGUACCGCGAUGGGUCGCCUUUAUUUAUGCCACAUGCGGGGUCAAUCAUUCCGAGACUGAACCCCCACGAAUUAUCCAUGAAUGAUAGUCGGACAUGCGGAGCUCGUCCCCACUCGACGGGAUCUCGGGGCGAGCGCCGUCAUGCUAUCCGCUAGGAUGUCGAUCUGCCGCCAGGGUAUUUAUUGAUACGGCUUGUUCGUUGGAUGUACUUGUAAUGAACAAGUCGGGUACAGUCCCAGCAAUUUCCACCUAGCCGCGGAAAUGACGUUGGACAUAGAUUACGUGCUCUCCCACCUCACCCAGGAGGACAAGAUCGCCCUUCUCGCAGGCACCGACUUCUGGCACACCCACCCCAUUCCCGAGUUGAACGUGCCUUCAAUUCGUACCACCGACGGCCCCAAUGGCGUAAGAGGCACGAAGUUCUUUGCUGGUGUGCCGGCCGCCUGUUUGCCCUGUGGCACCGCCUUGGCGUCGACUUGGGAUCAGGAUCUACUGCGCGAUGCGGGAAUCUUGAUAGGAAAAGAAUGUCUGGCAAAGGGAGCACACUGUUGGCUUGGUCCAACAAUCAAUAUGCCCCGAUCACCCCUCGGCGGCCGGGGGUUUGAAUCUUUCGCAGAGGACCCGCAUCUCGCCGGAAGAAUGGCCGCCACAAUGAUCACAGGCUGUGAGAGUACUGGGGUCAUCUCCGCCGUAAAACAUUUUGUGGGUAAUGACCAGGAACAUGAGCGGAGGGCUGUGGAUGUCCUUGUCACCCAGCGCGCAUUGAGAGAGAUCUACCUGCGACCGUUCCAGAUCGUAGCCCGUGACGCGUGUCCAGGGGCUCUGAUGACUUCCUACAACAAGAUCAAUGGGAAGCACGUUGUAGAGAGUAAAGAGAUGUUGGAUAUGGUCCGCCAGGAAUGGAAGUGGAACCCGCUGAUCAUGAGUGACUGGCUGGGGACUUACACUACGAUUGACUCGAUGAACGCCGGUUUGGAUUUGGAGAUGCCGGGCCCGUCGCGGUAUCGAGGUCGAUAUGUGGAAUCCGCCCUGCAGGCAAGGUUGAUCAAGGAGUCGACCAUCGAUAACCGCGCACAAAAGGUCCUUGAGUUUGUUCAGCAAGCAAGCAGAGCCCCAGUGUCCGCCGUGGAAACUGGAAGAGAUUAUCCGGAAGACCGGGCGCUGAAUCGAAAGUUGUGUGCCGAUAGUAUCGUGCUUUUGAAGAAUAGGAACGAUCUUUUGCCUUUGCCAAAAACCAUCAAAAAGAUUGCCCUGAUCGGCUCACAUGUGCGAACUCCAGCGAUUUCCGGCGGUGGCAGCGCGUCGUUAGAACCGUACUAUACUGUUUCAUUGUACGACGCUGUCAGCGAAGCUCUUCCCCACACCGAGAUUCUCCAUGAGGUGGGCGCUUAUGCACACAAAAUGCUCCCUGUGAUCGACCGGCUCCUUAGCAAUGCCGUAAUGCAUUUCUACAACGAGCCCAUCGGGACGGAGCGUAUCUUACGUGCCACACAGCCGAUGUCGAAGACGGCCUUUCAACUGAUGGAUUUCAAUGCUCCGGAGCUCAACAGAGGACUAUUCUAUGCGACACUAACCGGUGACUUUACACCAGAUGUGUCAGGUGUGUGGGACUUUGGCCUCACAGUCUUUGGCACCGGCACCCUGUACGUCGAUGACGAACUCGUCGUCGACAACACCACGCAUCAAACCCGAGGAACAGCAUUCUUCGGCAAAGGAACGGUACAAGAGCUGGGAUCGAAGACUCUCAACGCGGGACAAACAUACAAGAUCCGCAUCGAAUAUGGAUCUGCGAAUACCAGCCCCAUGAAGGCGAUCGGCGUGGUACACUUUGGUGGUGGCGCAGCGCACCUCGGAGCAUGCUUACAUGUCGACGCCGCAGAGAUGGUGCGCAGUGCUGUUAAGGCAGCCGCAGAGGCGGAGUACACUGUUAUCUGCACGGGCCUGAACCAUGAGUGGGAAUCCGAGGGGUUUGACCGGCCAGACAUGGAUCUCCCACCUGGAAUUGAUGCAUUGAUCGCCUCUGUUCUGGAGGUAGCCGCAAAUAAAACUGUGAUUGUUAACCAGUCCGGGACGCCGGUGACGAUGCCCUGGGCUGAUAGAGCGCGAGGGAUCGUUCAGGCCUGGUAUGGAGGUAAUGAGACGGGCAAUGGUAUCGCGGAUGUGAUAUUUGGGGAUGUCAACCCAUCCGGCAAACUGCCACUAUCGUGGCCGGUGGAUGUGAAGCAUAACCCAACAUAUCUGAAUUACGCCAGCGUGGGGGGUAGGGUGCUAUACGGCGAAGAUGUCUAUGUUGGGUAUCGGUACUACGAGAAGCUCGACCGGGAGGUGCUAUUUCCAUUUGGACACGGCCUUUCCUAUACGACCUUCACUGUGAAUCCGGAUGUGGUCUUCUCCCAGGAGGCUUUGAGGCCCGAGCAACCGCCAACUGCUGCGGUACAAAUUAAGAAUACUGGCAAGGUAGCUGGUGCGCAAGUCCUCCAAUUGUAUAUCUCCGCUCCCCAUUCCCCCACACCCCGCCCGGUGAAGGAGCUGCACGGAUUUACCAAAGUUCACUUGCACCCCGGGGAAGAAACGGUGGCCCAUAUUCGUAUGGAUAAAUACGCCACAAGCUUUUGGGAUGAAAUUGAAGGCAUGUGGAAGAGCGAAGAGGGUGUGUAUGAAGCCCUGAUAGGUACAUCAAGUCAAAAUAUCUUGGCUCGGGGGACAUUCAGGGUGGACAGGACGAGAUAUUGGCUUGGAUUAUAACCAGGGAUCUAUCUCCCUAGCUUAGCCGCAAAGAAGAUCUACACCGGAUAAAUUGAAUGCAUUUAGCCAGACUUUAGCUUAAUGCUGUGGGGGCACCCCCGGGCCUAUACUUCGAGACAAUCCGGGGUAAGCAGAUGAUCAUAUUUCGUAUAAAGCAGCCACUCCGACUACUGAUCACUCCUAGCCUAUAUUAUCCCUGGCCCUUGGGCCCCUCUUGGCAGUCGGUUAGGGAGAUUGCUCCGGCUUAAAUGCAUUGACAUCCCGGGCGAUUGGUGGAAUCUCGCUCAAGUUCCCGGGGGCUUUUCAAUUAGGGGCCUCGGUUCCUGUCUCCUGUUUAACGGUUCCUCUUCUCCGCCGACCAACAGCAAAGGAGUGUAUCUGAAGUCACCGGUCAUGGUCAUAUCCGUCUCGUAUGCGGCAAGAGACAUUCU